AUGUUUUUACAACUACAGCAAUCACAAACUCCUGAGUUUCGCAUUGCUGGUCCUGGCUCUCUCUGGGGACUGAACCUACCCUUAUCAACCAUACCCCACUCAGGAGUAUAUAUUUAUGUCGAAUUUCAAAGCUUACGUAUUGAGCCGGACGAUCUAGAACCUUUAUUUGGCAGUGCUUUUCUGUAUGACGUACAUUCACGACGACGGGUCUCGGAAACGUUCGAGUUUGAUGUCAAUACUGACAACCUUCUCGAGCUAUUCACUGGUAGUGGAGCUGCUUCACAAACUUCCUACCGUGAAUUUCCCACAAUGGCGCGUUCGUGUAUCUUCCGUGUGACUCCUCGGCGUAUCAACACAGUACCAGUAGCUAAGGCUCCCCUCUUGACCUCUGGAUCUCGCCAGGCUUCGGACGAUUUUGCUCGUAAUUCUUUGAAUCCUCCAUGUCAACAAUGCUUGAAGCAUAAGAACCUUCAUCCAAGCAGCCUAGGAUCCAUCAGUGGUACGGUACCUCUUAGCGCUUUUAUUCCUGGACAUUCUACCACCAUUACAACUCCAGCACUGAGCAAGUGUUGUUCCGGUGGAGUAAUUCUUGUUAUCCGGGUAACUGAGUAA